GAAAAAACGUUUUAUUAUUGAUAAUUUUCUAGGAGAUUUUUAAAAAGAGAAAUGUAAUUUUCUUAGGGAACGACAUAUAAAAUAUUCCUUUGUCUAUCUACAUCUCCGCAUACAGAAGAAAGCGCAAUGUGUCUAUCUCAAAAUUUUAUUAGUCGGAAGCAAAGUUCCGUCAAUGCGGUGAAAACAACGCAAAGAAACGCUUAAAGUGAACUUAACAAUUAAAGACAUAAGUAAAAUUAACGCAUAAGAUCGCAUCGGCGAGGACUUGCGUUUUCUACGAACCUAACUCGCUCAAAUCGUAUCUAUAGAAAAAUAACGAAGGCCUUUAACAGCGUUACUGGCUGUCAUCGACUUUGUCUUUUUGUGCAUUUUAUAGAGUACGGACGUGUGGACGUGUUAAAUUACUUCCCAUAAUCUUUGUAAAAUAUAUGCAAGUGAAAUCUGAAGUCUCUAAAAUAAAUUUCAAAGGCCACAAAAAGAACUAUUAAGCAGAAAGUUAUUUUCUUGCGAAUAGUUGAAAAAAAAGAAGAGUAAUCUGCCACAUUGACCUUUUGUGUGACAAACAAAAAAAGAAGAAAAACUUUCAAUCCCAAAAUUGAAAAUUUUCGCAACUUUCGUGCACGUAGUGGAGAAAUUUUUCCAAGUUCAAAUUUUCUAAGGACUUGGAAAAUUUUUUCAUUUUUUACUGGUACCACUACUACAAACUACUACGGUUGCUGUUUGUUUUGUACGUAGCACGAGAAGGAAAAAAAACACUGAAAAUUUUUCAAUCACUCGUUGGAUUCGUGCAGUCGUUUUAGCUGCAAUUUCUGGCUGGUUGUCUGAUGUGUGCGUGAACUCUUCCGAGUCGCAAUAGUAAAAAAGACAGAAAUAAAAAAGACUGAAAAAUUUUUCCUAUAUUUUGUUCUAUUUAAAAUAUAAAAAGUAGAGGUGCUCUUAUAAAGUUUAUUAAAUAAAAUCAUCAAUCUUAAGAACUGAGUAAAGCCAAAUCGAAUAUUGUAGAAAAUUUUUCAAUUGCAUAAAAAAUGAGUGUGGACGUAACGGGUGAAAAUCAAUCAACAGCUCAAAAUGGGAGCACUGAGGUUCAUGUGAAUGGCAUAAGCAAUGGUCAUCAUCAUUAUAGUAGCGGUGGUGGUGACGGAAGUGGCAGUAGUACUAAUAAGCACAAAUCGUCUAGUAAGGAUAAACACCGCGAUAAGGAUCGUGAUCAUAAGAGCAGUUCCUCGUCAAGUAAUCAUAAAAGCAGUAGUCGUGAUAAGGAAAAGCAUGGUAGCUCUUCAUCAUCGUCGAGCAGCAAAGAUAAACAUCGUGAUAAACAUCGUGAUCGGGAUGAGAAACAUGGUAGCGGUAGUUCUUCCGCUUCUAAUCAUCAUCGUGAUAAGGACAAAGAACGUAGUAGUGAUAGAGAUAAGCACAAAUCUUCGUCUUCAUCAUCAAGUCAUCACAAAAGUUCUUCCAAACAUCGAGAUCGUAGCGACAAGGAUCGCAAGGAAGGGUCCAACAGUUCAACCUCGUCCAGUAAAGAUAAAGACAAAGAACGCCAUCAUCACAAAUCUUCAUCGUCGUCAUCGAGUUCACGUGAUAAAGAUCGUCACCAUCACAAAAGUUCUUCAUCAUCAUCGUCGUCCAAGCACAAACAUUCCAGCUCACGAUCGUCGUCGUCCUCUCAUGAUAAAGCCAAUCGUCAAGAUGGUGAAUUUAUUAAACCGGAGCCCGUAUCGCAAUCUACUGAAUCGUAUUUGCAACAAAAUGGUUUCAACGAAAACGUCAUGACUACUGAUAUCAAGCAAGAAAUUAAUGCUUUAGAUUACCAAUCUAACGAUAACAGUUUUAACAAUGGAUAUAAAGAAGGCUACGAGAUAAAAUCUGAAUUUAAGCCUGAAGAGCACAACUUCGACGUUUCUCAGACCAGCUCUUGCGAUUAUUCAAUGUCUCAGUUUAAGGAUGAUGAACCAGCAUUUGUAAUAAAGGCUGAGGCCAGGUACAGUGAGGAUGGCAUUUACAAGCAAGAAGAUGAGGAAGAGGACGACGAGGAAAAUGAGGAAGAAGAGGAAGAAGAUGAAGAUGAGGAUAUUCCAUUAGCUAUGCGAAAAUCAAAAUCAAAUCAGUUCCAGGAAGACGAAGACAAUGAAGAAGAUGAAGAGGAUGUUCCUUUAGCUAAACGUAAAAAGCCAUUCGACGGUGAUGAUGAGGAAGAUGUACCGUUAUUGGCGCGUAAAAAACCUAAAAAGGAGUCGAGAGACAAAAGUAAGGAGAAGAAAAAGAAACGUGUUAAAGAGGAACAUGAAGAAGACGAUUACCCUAGUGAAAAACGCAGAAAAAAAUCAAAAAAGGCCGAGGUCCAUGGUAAAACGGAAACUGCUUCCCCCACGAAGCGUGUCAAGAAGGAAAAGAAGGAAGACGACGAAGAAGUUUGGAGAUGGUGGGAAGAAGAAAAGCGCGCCGAUGGCAUUAAAUGGACUACUUUGGAACAUAAAGGUCCUGUUUUCGCUCCCCCUUAUAUACGCCUACCUAAAAAUGUGCGGUUCUUUUAUGACAGCAAGCCUAUGGAAUUGUCAGAGAUAACUGAGGAGGCAGCCACUUUUUAUGCCAAGAUGUUGAAUCACGAUUACUGUACGAAACAAGUUUUUAAUGAUAAUUUCUUCAAAGACUUUCGUCGUUCAAUGACUUCAAAGGAGAAGGAGAUAAUAAAAGAUUUUAGAAAGUGUAAUUUUCAAGAAAUGCACCAAUACUUCUUGGCCGAAUCGGAGAAACGUAAAAGUGCAACCAAAGAAGAGAAACUGACCAAGAAGCAGGAGAAUGAAGCUUUGAUUAAAGAAUACGGUGUAUGUGUUAUUGAUGGUCACAAAGAGAAGAUAGGUAAUUUCCGAUUAGAGCCACCGGGUCUAUUUCGAGGCCGCGGUGAACAUCCCAAGAUGGGUAUGAUUAAACGUCGCAUACAGGCCGAAGACGUUUCGAUUAAUUGUGGUAAGGAGUCUAAGAUUCCUCAGCCUCCAGCCGGACAUCGUUGGAAAGAAGUUAUUCAUAAUAAUACGGUAACAUGGCUGGCCUCAUGGGUGGAAAACAUACAAGGUCAAGUCAAAUAUAUUAUGCUUAAUCCUUCUUCUAAACUGAAGGGUGAAAAGGAUCAUAUCAAAUACGAAACGGCACGUCGCUUGGCCCAAAGUAUUGACAAAAUACGUUCAACAUAUCGUGAUGAAUGGAAGUCGAAAGAAAUGCGUGUACGUCAAAGAGCUGUUGCUCUUUACUUUAUCGAUAAGUUGGCUCUAAGAGCGGGUAAUGAAAAAGAUGAAGAUCAAGCUGAUACAGUCGGUUGCUGCUCAUUACGCGUAGAGCAUGUCUCGCUCCACAAAGAAUUAAAUGGUAAAGAAAACGUUGUUAUAUUUGAUUUUCUCGGUAAAGACUCGAUACGUUAUUAUAACGAAGUUCAAGUGGAGAAAAGAGUCUUUAAAAAUCUGGAGCUAUUUAUGGAAAAUAAAAAGAAAGGUGAUGAUUUAUUUGAUCGUUUAAAUACUCAAGUAUUAAAUGAACAUUUAAAGGAGUUGAUGGAAGGACUCACUGCCAAAGUGUUCCGUACCUACAAUGCUUCGUACACUCUACAAAAUCAAUUGGAUUUGUUAACAAAGGAAGACAUGACUAUACCGGAAAAGUUAUUAGCUUAUAAUCGUGCCAAUCGGGCUGUAGCCAUAUUGUGUAACCAUCAACGUUCGGUGCCUAAAAGUCAUGAAAAAUCAAUGGAAAAUCUGAAAGAGAAAAUACGGCAAAAGCGUGAAGCUCUCGAUGAAUGUGAAGUCGAUUAUCAUGAUGCUAAGAAAGCAGCCAAACGUGGCUCAGUUAAGGAAAAGUUGAUGGCUGAUAAGAAAGGCAAACAAUUAGAGCGUUUAAAGGAACAACUGAAAAAACUAGAACUUCAAGAGACUGAUAGAGAUGAAAAUAAGACGAUUGCCUUGGGUACUUCAAAAUUAAAUUAUUUAGAUCCACGCAUUUCAGUAGCUUGGUGUAAAAAGUUUGGUGUACCCAUAGAGAAGAUCUUCAAUAAAACUCAAAGAAAUAAAUUUAUGUGGGCCAUUCACAUGGCCGAUGAGAAUUAUCGUUUCUAAGUGCUUAUUUAAGUAAUUAGAAACAAAAAAAAAAAUAUUUUUUAGUAUUUAAGAUCACAUUAUUCAACAUAAAACAACCCAUAUGUAAACCAUUUAGUUACUUACUUACGUACACAGUUUAAGUAAUGAAGAAAACCCACCCAAAAAUGCGAAAAGAAGCAACGUUUUUCACGCGCUCUCCUUCUUACAUUCACUAAUACUGAAUUCAGUCCAGUUUUAUAUUCAUACUAUACAUAUACUUAAAUAGUAUAUAUCUAUAAUAGUGAUAAUUACAGUUUUUAUUAUUUAUACUUAUGUUAAUGAGAAAAAAGAAAAGAUUAUCGUAUACAAAUAUCUGACAGCACCACAAAACCGUAGAUAAUUGAAUUUUUAUUACACCUACCACCUGCCACCUAGGAAGAGUGUGUGUAAUACGUAAUUUCGUCAUUGAACUUGUUAUAAGCGGAAAUAUGCGCAAAAGAGAUUCCAUAAGCCACUUUUGUCAUUCCGUUUGUAGUAGCUAUACUCGAUUUGCAAUUAGCAUGAAAGUUUUGAAUUUAUUCAAACUUGUCUGUACGAUGUACCGGCACUUUCGCUAUUCAUUUGUAAAUGAAAGCGUGGACUUGCCUAAAAUUAGCAUGAAACUGCUUGCGGUGGUGGGUAACAUCCUAGGUUCAUCCGAAGUCGUGUAUAGGCUUUCUUUAUUUUUUUUUCUUUAAAUAUUAAAUUUCUUUGCCUCAUACAAAUAGAAUUUUUUUUUUUUUUUUUACAUAUUUUAGUUUUUAUUUAUUUACAAAUUGCCAAAGUAAGCAAGUGUUGGCAAACUUUAAUUUAGUUGUAAUUACAAUGAUUAUUCUCUUAAUUUUAGAAUUUAGUUUAGUAUCAAAUUUAGAUUUUGCCUUUUUAUUUUUUGGAAUUAUUCGAUAAUUUAUUCAUGUUGUCGAAGUAUAAUUAUUAUUUAUACAAACAAAAACUCUACAAACUCUACAAAGUUAAACUAAUUAUAUUUUCCCUGUUAAAUCGGAAAAUUUAAAAAAAUUUAAAAAAAGGAACGAACAAAACGCAAAUCCCCUUAAACCCGAAAUGCUAUCUUUUUAGAUUUUAGGGAUUAUCUUUUUUUGUUAGGACAUUUUAUUAACACAAAAUUUUUAGUUAAUUGUUUAAAUUCUGUAACUACUCUUGUUUUUUGUGCAAUUUUUGUAAACUAUUGUCUCCUUGCAUAUUAUAUUCAUAACCAUUCUUAGAUCUGUCUUAUAGUUAAUAAAGAAAAACAAAGGCUAAA